AUGGUCAAGGGAAACCACAUAACAGGCGCAAUAGACCAAAAGGUAUAUAAUUUGGCAUAUGACUUGUUGGACGAGAGAACUGAGAAGAACCGAAGCGCUUUAAGCGUUGAUGAGUUGCAGGAUCCUUUUGCCGGAGUGGAGUCAGCGAAAAACUUGACCAUUUCCCUGGUAUUGAGCUAUGUGCAACUGAAGGACUUUGAAUUGAAGCGCUCUAAGAAAGCACAACUCGAAAAGACCAUUGCAAAGGUACUAAAACUAAUCAGACAGGACGAAGAAAAUGAGUUCAAGACUAACGGCACAGAGAAUGAUUUAGACAGUGCGUCCGAAACUGAAGGUACCGAUCCGGCAGCAUCCAACUUGAUGGAUUUUAAGGAUCCCAACUUGUCUAAUAAGUCGGUAACGUCGAUGUGGAAUUUUGAAGACAAAGAACGAGAACAAGAACGAGAACAAGAACGAGAACAAGAACAAGAACAAGAACAAAGUGCAGAGGCUAUCAGUCUGAAACGGAAAGCCAAAGAGGCGAAUAAAAGUGUUUAUAAAAAGCAAAAGCGAAAGUUUGACCAUACUUCGCCUGAUAUCAACUUCUCCAAUCUAGGAGGCUUGGACAAUGUUACCACACAGCUACUUGAAAUUAUCGGACUACCUAUUUUGCAUCCUGAAAUUUACACUUCAACUGGGGUGGAGCCUCCCAGGGGAGUGCUUCUAUACGGGCCACCAGGGUGCGGUAAAACAACCAUCGCAAAUGCACUAGCGGGAGAGUUGAAGGUUCCUUUUAUCAACAUCUCUGCUCCGUCAAUAGUGUCUGGAAUGUCAGGUGAAUCCGAGAAGAAACUUCGUGAAUUGUUUGAAGAGGCAAAGUCUGUAGCGCCUUGCUUGAUAUUCAUGGAUGAGAUUGAUGCUAUUACUCCAAAGAGGGAUGGUGGUGCCCAAAGAGAAAUGGAAAGAAGGAUAGUCGCUCAACUUUUGACCUUAAUGGACGAGCUAACGUUAGACAAGACAGAUAAUAAGCCUGUUAUUGUAAUCGGUGCCACGAACAGACCGGAUUCUUUGGAUUCAGCACUUCGUCGGGCCGGUAGGUUUGAUCGAGAAAUAUGUUUGAAUGUUCCAAAUGAAGUGCAACGAGAAUCAAUUUUGAGGACAAUGACUAGAAACAUCAGGUUGAAAGACGGUGAAAAUUUUGGUUACAGAGAAUUGUCAAAACUCACCCCGGGCUAUGUGGGAGCUGAUCUCAAAAGUUUAGUAACGGCAGCCGGCGUUGCAGCCAUUAAGAGGAUCUUCGAAACCAUGAGCGAACAACAAGAGGAGGGCCGUGGUAUGCUGGAAGAUAAGAUGGAGAUAGACCCUGUAAUAGGAAAAGAAAGUGAAAUGGCGUUGUCUCAAAGGUUUGGAAACAAAUCGGACCAGGAACAGAUAUCAACUAUACAGAAAUUCUUGGAGCGGAACCCUGAGCCAUUAACUGGCGAACAACUUGAGCCCUUAUGCAUCACGUACGAUGAUUUUGUUAAAGCUCUUCCAACAGUUCAGCCUACUGCUAAAAGAGAAGGGUUCGCAACUGUCCCUGAUGUCACGUGGAGGAAUGUUGGUGCUUUGACAAAAGUGCGCAUAGAAUUACAUAUGUGCAUUGUGCAACCCGUAAAAAAACCUGAAUUGUAUUUAAAGGUUGGUAUUUCAGCACCAUCCGGUGUCUUGAUGUGGGGACCACCAGGUUGCGGGAAAACUCUUCUUGCCAAGGCGGUUGCUAACGAGUCACGAGCAAAUUUUAUAUCGGUGAAAGGACCGGAAUUAUUAAAUAAGUAUGUGGGAGAAUCAGAAAAGGCAGUGAGACAAGUGUUUCAAAGAGCGAUGGCAUCUAAGCCCUGCAUUAUAUUUUUUGACGAAUUGGAUGCCUUGGUUCCACGAAGGGACACGUCUAUGUCGGAGUCUAGUUCAAGAGUUGUAAAUACUUUAUUGACUGAACUUGAUGGGCUCUCCGACAGAACUGGUGUUUUUGUUAUUGGAGCGACAAAUAGGCCCGACAUGAUAGACCCAGCCAUGCUUCGCCCGGGUAGGUUGGACAAGACUCUCUAUAUUGAACUACCAAGUGCUAAUGAAAGAUACGAGAUUUUAAAGACUAUCACAAUGGCUAAUGGCACACCGAUCGCAAGCAAUGUCGAUCUUGCAGAAAUUGCUAAUGAUGAAAAAUGCAGAAACUUUUCUGGAGCAGAUUUAUCGUCCUUGGUUAAGGAAUCUGGUAUUUCUGCAUUGAAAAGAAAGUUUUUUGGGGCACAAAAGCUUGAAGCGUUGGAUGCUUCUGGGUUUUAUAAUGACUCUUUUCUGGAUGAACGUAUAGAGAUCACUCGCGAGGAUUUUCAACGUGCGUUGCUCACUGUUCGUCCUAGUGUAAGCGACAGGGAUAGAUUGAAAUAUGAACGGUUGAACAAGAAGCUAGGAUGGGACGUUAUUGGUGACCAAAAUGGAACAAACCUUUCUAGUACUGGAGGUGAAGAUCGAGCUGAAAAUUCUAAGUGA